UCCGAGGACAUAUUUUCACUGGUACACAAGAUUUCUCGUCGCGCUGCCCCACCCGCUGGGUACCAGCACAUUAUUUUGCGCAGACAGCUACAGCCUGAAAAUGGAGGAAAGCAGCGAAGGUGAUAUAUGUCGAGUGUGCAGGUCAGAGGGGAGUUCUGAUAGGCCUCUCUUUCAUCCCUGCAUCUGUACUGGUAGCAUUAAAUUCAUCCACCAAGACUGUCUGGUGCAGUGGUUGAAACACAGCAAGAAGGAAUACUGUGAAUUAUGUAUGCACCGCUUCUCAUUCACACCAAUCUAUUCGCCGGACAUGCCAAAGCGACUGCCCGUGAUGGACAUUGUCCGCGGUCUUGCCAAGAGCAUGGGAACAGCGGUCAAGUGCUGGCUACAUUACACCCUGGUCACUUUUGCCUGGCUGGGCGUGGUUCCUAUAACAGCCUGUCGCAUUUACCGGUGCCUAUUCCAAGCAUCACUGGUUCCACUCUUGACGCUGCCAUUUGAUGUCUUGUCACUUGAGAGUGUUGUGACAGACAUCCUACAAGGCAUGCUUGUGGUUGGCUCCACCCUGUGCGCGUUUGUCAGCCUGGUCUGGCUUCGGGAGCAGGUGACACACGGUGGUGGGCCGGAGUGGCUUGAAGACGAUGCACGCCGGGCUGGAAACGGGCCAAUAGAUGGGGCAGGGGAAGCAGCACCACCAGCAGCAGCAGCACCACCAGCAGCAGCACCAGUAGCACAGCAGCAGCAACAGCCAGCUGCAGCACAAGCCAAUAAUCCGAAUGCCGCACCUCAAGCACAGCCUCCCGGUAACCAGGAGCCAGCUGCCAAUCAGCAGGCGCCAGCCAAUCAGGGACAAGCAGCAGCCCCAGCAGCAGCCAAUGACAAUCAGGCAGAGGCGGGGCAACCUGCAGCAGCCAAUGGCAAUCAGGCAGGGGCGGUGCAACCUGCAGCAGCCAAUGGCAAUCAGGCAGGGGCGGGGCAACCUGCAGCAGCCAAUGGCAAUCAAGCAGGGGCGGGGCAACCUGCAGCAGCCAAUGGCAAUCAAGCAGGGGCGGGGCAACCUGCAGCAGCCAAUGGCAAUCAAGCAGGGGCGGGGCAACCUGCAGCAGCCAAUGGCAAUCAGGCAGGGGCGGGGCAACCUGCAGCAGCCAAUGGCAAUCAAGCAGGAGCGGGGCAACCUGCAGCUGCCGAGAAUGCUGGGAAUAAUGUGCCGGGAGCAGAAAAUGCCGGUCAAGAUGACAUCAACUGGAAUGCUUUGGAAUGGGACCGUGCCGCUGAGGAGCUGACGUGGGAGCGGAUGCUGGGCCUCGAUGGAUCCCUGAUCUUCCUCGAGCAUGUCCUGUGGGUCAUCUCGCUGAACGCUCUCUUCAUCUUUGUCUUUGCUUUUUGCCCAUACCACAUCGGUCGUCUUGGCAUGCUUCUGAUGGGCUGGGAUGAGUUUGCCGAGAUGUCUCGUUUUGAGGGGCUGCUCACCACAAUGUCGGGCUACGUCACGCUCUGUUCCUCCCUUAUACUCUUCCAUUUCAUCAGCGGAUUAUUCAAGCUUCAUCGUACCAAGCGAAUCCUCGGUCUGUGUUACAUCGUGCUGAAGGUUUUCCUUCUUGUAGUGACAGAGAUAGGCGUCCUACCCCUGGUGUGUGGAUGGUGGCUGGAUAUAUGCUCAUUGUCCAUGUUUGAGACGGCUCUUCAGGAUCGUCUACAGAGCUUCCAGUCUGCGCCAGGCACCUCCAUGUUCCUACACUGGCUGGUGGGCAUGGUUUAUGUCUUCUACUUUGCUUCAUUCAUCCUGCUACUCAGAGAGGUUUUGCGGCCGGGAGUACUCUGGUUUCUGCGUAACCUGAACGACCCAGACUUCAACCCUAUCCAAGAGAUGAUCCAUCUACCCAUCUACAGACACGUCCGACGGUCUCUCCUCUCUGUCAUUGUCUUCGGCAGCGUGGUUCUCCUCGUUCUCUGGCUACCGGUCACCAUUAUCCGAUAUCUCUUCCCUUCCUUCUUGCCAUAUCAUAUACACCUGUCCAGUGACUCUCCGGUCAGUGAGCUGUCCUUGGAGUUGUUGCUCCUGCAGGUUGUUCUCCCAGCACUCUUGGAGCAGGGCCACACCCGUCAGUGGCUCAAGAAUGCCAUCCGGGUCUGGACCAUCUGCGCUGCAUACCUCCUUGACAUGCGAUCGUAUCUACUUGGUGACGUUCCAGUCGAAGAGAACCCAGAACCGACCCCUCAGCAUGACCAGCAGCUCCCCCAUCUAGACCAUGAACCCGAGGAGGCUGCUGCCCCCCACCCAGGGGAGGAUGAACCCCCGCCCCAGGGGGAAGGCUAUCCCCACCAAGUGCCGGCUGAAGGCCAGGCGGACAAUGAGGCAGAGGAUGUGCCGGAGUUGGACACCUUUUUGGUAGGCGGAGCCAAAGGAGGGGGAGUUGAUGUUGAAAUUGAUGAGCUGGUUUAUAGAGACGAGGAUGUUGUGUCUAGCGGUCAGGAUGAGGAUUCUGAUGUCAUUAUGGAGGAGGAAGAAGAAGAAGAAGAAGAAGACAUGGAUGCGAUCCUGAUGCAGGAUGUUGCCGUUGGCGAUGAUGACCAUCCACUACAAGCUGGUCCCCCGCCUCCUGAGCUUGCUGCUGAAGGCCCUGCCGUGGCUGGUGCCCCUGCUGCUGCUGGUGGUGCUGCUGCUGCUGCACCUGCAGGUGGCAUGGCGCUGCACGCUGCUCAUCACGCCAUGAUUAACCAGAUGGGACCCACGGGAUUCCAGCCUUACAACAAGCCGUCCUUCUUUGCUUUGCGAAUAGUCCUGCUGGUCCAUCUUCUCUGUCUAUCCCUCCUGCUGGCCAGCAUCUUUUGCCUGACGCUCCCCGUCUUCCUGGGUCGUUUCUUCAUGUCUCUCUGGGUAGGCAAGGGUGUGGUCAUCCAUGAGCUGUACACCGCGGCCUGCGGGCUGUACCUGUGCUGGCUGUUCUGCCGGCUACUGACCAUGGUCUGGUCCUGGAUGCCCGCAGGCAUGGAGCUGAUACUGGAGAAGGCUAGGAUCUAUACUGUCUUGCUGAUCAAGUCCCUGUUGGUUGCCUUCAUGCUACUCGGCAUCAUCCCGUUCCUUCUGGGUCUACUCUUUGAGGUCGUGGUCGUGGUUCCCAUCCGUGUCCCGCUGGAUCAGUCACCUGUCUUCUUUCCCUGGCAGGACUGGGCUCUUGGGGUCCUACAUGCCAAGAUCAUGUGUGCCGUCACAAUGAUGGGGCCCAACUGGUGGCUCAAGACCGUCUUGGAACAGGUUUACCAAGACGGCUUCCGUAACCUGAAUUUGGGUUUCAUCACAAGGAGAGUGGUCCUGCCAGUCGUCACGUGUCUACUCUUGGCACUGGCUGCACCUUAUGUCGUCGCAGCUGGUAUCACGCCACUGUUCGGCCUUGGGGAAGACGUCAAUAUUCUGGUUGUCCGUCGCAUCUACCCUUGUCUUGUUACCUCAGUGAUUAUCCUGGUUGCCAUGGUAUUUCAUCUGAAGCAGUUUAAGAAGCUCUAUGAGCACAUUAGAAAUGACAAGUAUCUGGUGGGACAGCAGCUUGUCAAUUAUGAUCCCAACGAUCCAAGCAAAAAGGACCAUGCGACUCAGACUGUAGCACAGUAGAUUAAUUGUCAUAUAGCCUUAUUAUAUAACGACAAUUAGCAAUCUGUAUAUUUCACGUUAUGUCAUUCAGGUGUAUACUAUUUAUGAAUUGUGUUGAUUUUGGGGGGAGCUGUUUUUCAAAGUACUUGACCACAUUUUAUUGACUCAAGUCCAAAAGAUAAUUUUUUUUUGGGGGGGGGGGGGGCUGUGAUUGUUACCGUCUCAAUAAUGAAGUACAUUUCAUCCAUUUUUGCACAAACAUUAAAAAUGAAAUUUGGAAGGUUUAUGAAGAUCCACUGGCUUGAAAUAUUGAGAAUCACAAUUGGACUUUUGGGAUGUCAUUUGCGUGAUUUCUUUGUUUCGGAGACAAUUUCUUGUUCAUAAUCUUAACGUUUGAUUUGCUGAAACAUGCGCUGUUGAAAAUGAUAUGUUUACCAUUGUGAUGGGUACACAUAAGUCUUGGUCUGCACUUGGACCUUGAAAUGGUCAAAUCUCUUGAUAAAAAAAUAUCUCUUGUACAAAAAAAGAGUGGAUUUCUAUUGCAAAGUGUACUUUGAAUGUUUAAAGAGAACUUUCAAAUGUUGAAAGUUUAAUUAUAUUAAAUCAAAUUUUAACAGCACUGCUCACAUGUUAUGGUGUUCUCAAUUCAUUUUUGCGCUUUUCUGUCGUGCUAAAAAAGCCACCUUUAUACUUGUUCCUCUGAAGUUGGAAUUGUCUCUCUUCCAUUGCUGUACAUUUGCACAUGGUUUAUUCUAUAAAGUUGGGGUCCACUUUUUUCCUGUCCCUGUUACACCUCACGUUUGUUUUAAAUUGUUGAUGGACUCAUUGCUGAAGUCAGUUUUCAAGAGUGAUUAUGUAAGGAAACCACAUGUACCUUCCCAACAAACCAAAAAUAGUCGCACACCAUUUUGAAUGAUACUUGAAUGGCACUUUACAAAGUUCAGAUGUAACCAUGGUAACGGGGACAGGAAAAAACUUUGGACCCUAAAUGUCCGAAUGACCCACAUACAUUUUGAUUCCCUGAGUUUUAAUCCAGUCGCCAAAAGUCAAUUACAUGUCAAUCACGUGUCAAUCACGUGUCAAUCACAUGUCAAUCAUGUGUCAAUCAUUUGUCAAUCGCAUGUCAAUCACGUGUCAAUCACAUGUCAAUUAUGUGUCAAUCAUUUGUCAAUCGCAUGUCAAUCACGUGUCAAUCACAUGUCAAUCACGUGUCAAUUGCAUGUUAUCUGGUCUCAAAUCAAGUGGGAAGAUAGUUUCCACGUGGAAUCAAGAUGAUAUACAAAAAGCAGACUUUCCUUUGAAGGAUUUAUAUUGCUCACAUCAAGGGUUGAUAAACAUUGAAUGUAAGAUAUUUUGUUUGUUAAUAAAAAUCAAGUGAUUUUAACGAAA